AUGGCCAUGUGGCUUACGGCGGUGGUAGUUGCGGCAUAUGGUGAAGCAGUGGCGGCGUACGAUUGUCUUGUGGCUUAUGGUGUUCAUGUGACUGCUGAUUCUUCUCCUCUAUCUUCACUUCUUGUUGUGGCAGCUUUAAGAGCUUUUAAUCGCGAAAAUCUUGGCCGGAGGAAGAAAAGGGCUUGGGAAGGACACUCUCACCCUUUUUACAAGGUUGAUUUGAUGGAUAAGAGUUGGAUAGAUUUAUGUGAUUCAAAAUCAGCUGAGUAUGUCUCUGGAGUUAAUAGCUUCUUGGAAUUUGCAUUUAGGGACAAGUCUUCUGAUUCACAAAUUGUGUGCCCUUGGUAUAAGAAUUGGACAUACCAUGGAGAACCUUAUGUAUGUCAGCGAAGAGGGGAUACUUCACAUAGUGGGAAUGAAAAUGUUAGGGAUGAUAUGGUUGGAAUGCUUCAUGAAGCAAUGGGAAUUCCUAACGUCCAUAGAAAUAUAGACAAUGAUUCUCAAUCAUCACCUGAGAAUAUUGAACAGAAUGUUGAUGAUGCAACUAAAAGAUUUUUUGAAUUAUUGAAAGAUGCAGAGUCUGAACUGUAUCCUGGAUGUGUUAAGUUCACAAAAUUAUCAUUUAUUGUUCGUUUGUUACUUUUGAAGGUAACGAACGGGUGGACUGAUACUUCCAUUGACAUGCUUCUUCAACUUUUGAAAGAGGUAUUCCCAGAGGCAAAAAUUCCCACCUCAUUCUAUGAAGCCCAAAAGCUGAAUGAUGAUUUGGGUUUCACUUGUGAAACAAUUGAUGCUUGCCCUAAUAAUUCUUCUGAAAUGAAAUGGCAUGCGAAAGAACGGGUGGAUGACGGAGUUUUUAGGCAUCCUGCUGACUCCCUUGCAUGGAAACAGUUUGAUGUUAAAUGGCCUGAAUUUGCAAGUGAUAGUCGCAAUGUUAGACUUGGACUUGCAUCAGAUGGGUUCAACCCUUUCAGAACGAUGAACAUCGCUCAUAGCACGUGGCCUGUUGUGAUUGUCGUAUAUAACUUACCGCCAUGGCUGUGCAUGACUCAAUCUUCCUUCAUUCUAUCUAUCCUAGUUGAUGGGCCCAAAAGUCCAGGAAACAAGAUAGAUGUUUACAUGCAACCAUUAAUUGAUGAUUUGAAGGAACUAUGGUCCACGGGUGUACCAACUUAUGAUGCAUCCACCAAUGAAAUGUUUGAAUUGCGUGCGACACUUUUAUGGACCAUUAGUGAUUUUCCUGCCUAUGCAAUGCUAUCUGGUUGGAGCACUAAGGGAGAAUUACGUCGAGAUAAAGUGUCGUUCAAUGGAAAAAUAGAAUUGGAUUCUAAGCCUUCAACAUUAUCUGGAGUUGAUUCUUUAAGGCAGUUAGAUUCAUAUGACAUCUUGACUGAGUACAAAAAAGAGGAUUUGAAGAAAAGAAGAAGGGAUGAUUAUGAGAGACAAAGCUCAAGGAUUCCAAAGGAACACAAUUGGAAAAAGAAGAGCAUAUUUUUUGAGUUAGAAUAUUGGCAGCACAAUUUAGGCCGACACAAUAUUGAUGUGAUGCACACUGAGAGAAAUAAUUUUGAUAACUUGCUUUUUACAUGCAUGAGUACUCCUGGCAAAACAAAGGAUAAUUUGAAUGCUCGACGCGAUCUCAAAGAUAUGGGAGUUAGGGGUCCAUUACACCCCCAAGAAUCAAGUGGUUCCACUAAGAUUAUUUUGCAACCUGGUUCUUUUGCAAUGAGUAGAAAAGAUAAAGAGAUAUUUUGUAAGGUCCUAAAAAAUUUGAAGGUUCCUGACGGAUAUGCAUCUAAUAUAUCAAGGCGUGUAAAUUUGAAUGAUCGGAGUAUAUGGGGUCUCAAAAGUCAUGACUGUCACAUAUUUAUGCAACAACUACUCCCAAUUGCUAUACGACGAGUAUUGCCCAAAAAUAUUGUACAAGUAGUGAUUGAAUUAUCCAAUUUUUUUAGGCAAUUAUGUUCGAAAGUGAACACAAGAGCUCAAUUGGAAGACAUUCAAGAACGCAUUGCACUUACGCUUUGCAAUCUUGAGAGGAUUUUUCCUCCAUCUUUCUUCGAUAUAAUGGAACAUUUACCCAUUCAUUUGGUUGAAGAGGCUUUAAUAUGUGGAGCUGUGCAUUUUAGGUGGAUGUAUCCAAUUGAAAGAAUGCACAUGUCAUUACUUGCGGGGCAAUAUCCACGUGCGGGAAGGAACCAUAUCCAACGGAUUCACAAUGAAACAUUCCACGAGUGGUUUAAGAACCAUAUACGUGAUUUGCAACGUAAUUCCACUACACAAAUCUCUGAUGUGGUUAAAAAGUUGGCGUGUGGUCCUGACAAGUGGGCUCGUAGCUUCAAUGUUUGCAUUGUGAAUGGUUUCAGAUUUCGAACAAAGAGCUAUGAAGAGUCUAAGGCAACUCAAAAUAGUGGAGUUAUGCUUAGAGCUAGCACUUUAAGCUUUGCUAGUGCAAGAGAUAGAACUCCACAUGAGGGACAAGUUAUAUAUUAUGGGGUUCUAACACAUAUCAUUAAAGUUAGAUAUACGAAUGAUCUUCAGUACACUCUAUUCAAGUGUGAUUGGAUUGAUAAUGAGAGAGGAAAAAUGGAAGAUGAAUUCAAGUUCACACUGGUGAACUUUAGCCGCUUGAUGUAUGGUGGUAAUAAUAUUAGGGAUGAACCAUUCAUUUUAUCUAGCCAAGCAGAACAAUGUUGGUAUGUGGCUGAUCCGAUUGAUUCAAAUUGGAAUGUUGUAAUGAGAAUGUCACUUAGAGAUAAUUUUGACAUUUACUCAAGAUUCCAUGAUACUGAUGGUUAUUUUCCACAACCCCUUGAUGAUCGCCCAAUUGCUCGUGAGCAAGAUGCCACUUGGGUGAGACAAGGGGUGGAGGCUAUUGCUGUUGACACAAUGUUGAACUUGAAUGAAACUGAAAGACAAAUGAAUGAAAAUGAAGAUGCUUGA